AUGGCGAAACCAGAAAAAGUGUGGGAUAUUAUUUGGCAAUACCUAGCUGAUGAUGUUGAGUUCAAUGCUAAAAUAAAUACAAGUAAUCCAGAAGAAAAAUGGGCACUCAUGGAAGUGGAGAAUUUGUUGAAUACUUGGAACAAGUCUCUAAGUGAUUAUCCACCAAUGCCGAUGCCAGUGGGAAGUCAUGAAUACUAUUUCGGUAAUCGGUUGUUGUACGAAGAAUUGGCGUACAACAAAGAAGCUUUAAAGCUAGAACAUGAAUCACUGUUUUCUAAACUAACUGAUGAACAAUUACUCAUAUACAACAAAGUGAUGGUGGAUGUUGAAUCUAAUAAAGGUGGUUUGUUCUUUGUUUAUGGAUAUGGUGGAACUGGCAAGACAUUUUUAUGGAGGACACUGUCGGCUGCUUUAAGGUCAAAGGGAGAAGUUUUUUUGAAUGUAGCAUCAAGCGGUAUAGCCUCACUACUUUUACCGGGUGGAAGGACUGCACACUCAAGGUUUUCUAUCCCCAUUGCAGUGAAUGAAUACUCAACUUGCAACAUUAGCCAAGGUAGUCCACUUGCUGAAUUGAUUAUAAAAGUUAAGUUAAUCAUAUGGGAUGAAUCUCUAAUGAUGCACAAACAUUGUUUUGAAGCAUUAGAUCGGACAAUGAGAGACAUAUUGCGAUUCCCUAAUCCAAAAAGCUUAGAAAUGUCUUUUGGUGGAAAAACAGUUGUACUUGGAGGUGAUUUUAGACAAAUACUACCAGUUAUACCAAAAGGUAGCAGACAAGAUAUAGUACAAGCAAGUAUAAACUCAUCAUACUUGUGGAGUAAUUGCGAAGUACUACGCUUAACAAAGAAUCUGAGGUUGCGUGGUAUUUCAAGUGCAGAAGAAGUUGAAAAGUUAAACAGUUUUGCAAAAUGGAUUGCUGAUCUAUGA